AUGCCAAAAAGUUACGAAUGGCUGCAUUGGGCGGAGCAUAAGGACGUGUAUGGACCGAUCAGCGCUGUGAAUGUUCUGGGACAAACUAUUGUUAUACUCAACACCCUCGAAGUAGCGAAUGACAUGCUCAAGACUCGGUCCGCCGCGUACUCCGGGCGGCCAGUCCUGCAGUUCGCAGGCGAGAUGAUAGGAUGGAACAGGCAGAUGAUUCUCUCAACCUACAAUGACCAUUUCAAGUCUAUGCGGAAACUCGUCUACCGAUACAUAGGGACGAAGGCCGCGAUCUCCCGGCAUCAGCCUAUCCAGGAGCGCGAAAUACGCUAUUUCCUUGCACGUGUUCAGGAUGACCCAUCCCAAAUUCUGCACUAUCUUCGGGUCGCCGUAGGGAGCAUCCACCUCCAGCUCAGUCAUGGUUAUAUCAUGGAAACCUCCCGUCCCGACCCGCUCGUCACCCUGGUGGAAACCGCCGCGCAGCAAUUCUACGCCGCGACGCGUCCGGGAGAUUGGCUCGUCGACAUAUUCCCGUCCCUGCGGCGCCUGCCUCCCUGGAUCUUAGGCUCGAAGUUCACGAAGACCCUCAACGAGUUCAAGGGGACGAACCUCGAGCAAGCCAACCGUCCGCAUGAUUUUGUGAAACGCGAGAUGGCUUCCGGCUCAGCCAUUCCCUCUUUCACAUCUACCCUCAUCAACGAGAAAGAAGACGAAGAAUCGAUCAAAUGGGCAGCCAACUCGCUAUACGGCAAGUCCAUGCAUACAGGUUCAUGUUCCGGGACGGCCUUCUUCCUGGCCAUGGUCAAGAACCGCGAUGUGCAGCUUCGGGCGCAGAAAGAGAUCGACGAUAUCGUCGGCACCUCGCGCCUCCCGACCUUCGCCGAUCUGGAGCGACUGCCGUACGUCGCCGCACUGCACACGGAGCUCCUGCGAUGGCACACGAUCGGACCCAUGGGGAUACCUCAUGCGACCACCGACGACGACGUCUACAACGGGUACUUCAUCCCGCGCGGAUCGAUCGUGUUGAGCAACUUGUGGCUGAUAGCGCAUGACCCGGACAACUACGAUGACCCGAUGGCGUUCAAGCCCGAGCGUUUCCUCGGGCCGGAUCCCCAGCUCGAUCCGAGGAGCUACGUGUUCGGAUUCGGACGGAGGCGGUGCCCCGGCCUCGAGCUCGCGGACGCGACGAUCUCGUUGGCCAUCGCGAUGUGCCUCUCGGCCUUCACGUUCUCGUGCGAGGACCAGAGCCCGGUCGAUCCCCGAGAGUCGUUUAUCCCCGGGACUGUGUGUCACCCCAAGCCGUUCAACUUUGACGUAGCCGUGCGGUCGCCGGAGAAGGCGCGGCUCAUGAAGGCGGUCUGGGACGAGCUCCCACCUCCGCCGAGCAACGCUGACAAACUGUGAAGAUCAGCAACAGUUG